AUGAAACUAAAUAUAUCUAUGAUGCAAUUGGUAAUAAGACUUCUAAUACUUAUGAUACUCAUCGUUAUGUUAGGAAUAAUAUCAACGUUUCUAUACAGUGUGAAGUUUUGGCCAGAUAUAUACAAUUACAUAAAUGCUAACAUAACUAUAAAGAGAAUACCAAAAAUAUCUGAAAUUGAAAAUUUGACAAUAAUUGAAGAUACCAUGUCCAUGACAACUGAUUUUUAUGAAAGUACAGAUUUUUCAACUACAGAAGCCUAUGAAGAUGAUUAUUCGAAAUUUGAAGAUUUUGAAGAUCUGAACAGAAGAAGAAGGAAUGUAAAGGUCGAUGAAGGAAAAGAUUACAGUGAAAUUCCAAAGAGUAAUGUCGUAGUAGAUUAUGUGUUUGAUUCAGGAGAAAAUGUUGAUAUAAACGAUUCAAUUGAUGAAAGUCUAAUUUGUGUUAUAGUGUUAAUAAAAGGUAUUGUGGGAAAUAGUGAAUGUGACACAUAUAUAAAGUGUGUUGGCUCAUUUUUUGAUAUUUUUUUUGGCGUUCCUGAUGUUAUCAACAUAAAUGACACUGAUAGUGACAUAGCAGUUCCAGGCUUCGAAAAUAUAAACGUGGCAAGCAUAAACUUACAUAAUAUUUUAGAGAGUGUUUCCAGUUUUCUUAAGGAAGAAGUAACAAAUGGCUUUCAAUUCGGUAAUCCAAUAAACGCUUUGCGUAAUGCUAGUAGCGAUACAACAAUAUAUGUGAAAAUUAUACCAAUAAACGUUGAUGUUGAAAAUAUAAAAGAAGACAGCGAUAUUGUUAGUGAAAUUAACUCUACUGACACAUAUUUUCAACCAAAUACAAAAACUGAAAUUGUGCUACCAAAACAAAAUAAAAUUAAUAAAAAUAAUACCCAACAGAGAAAAAAUAUAAAUAAAACUAAAAAGAAAAUUCAAGAAAAUGAAAUACCAAAUACUGAAUUUGCAAUGUAUUACGAUACAGACGACAAUAGUACAGAUUAUCCUAUAAUUGAUUAUAUAGAACUAUACAAGGAUACUACUAACGAAUAUGUAGAAAUCAAAAUUGAAACAAGUACGAUGAGUCAUUUAAUGAGUAAAAAUGAAACGUAUGUGAACACAUCAGACAAUAGCAUUUAUAUUGAAGAAAACUGCACAGCGAAUACGAAUAUAUCACAACUUAUAUUCCCGUGGGUGGCAACGAUCUUUAUCAAAAACGACACGAGCGAUCAGUUCGACUACUAUUGCGAUGGCGCCGUAGUGUCUAAGAACGUUAUUAUUACAGCUGCACGAUGUCUCCAAUACUAUGAAACAUGGACAAAAUCGGAAAAUAUAAUUGUAUUAUUAGACAAGACUUCGCUACGAAGUAUGAAUGGAAAUGAAAUGGCUGUUAAGGUAAAAGAGGUUAUAAUACACGACAAUUUCACAAUGCGACCGGAAAAUGAUAUUGCAAUACUAGUAAUGGAAACCUCGCUCAAAAGGCAGACCGCUUGCUUCGGGGAAGGCGAUUUUGGAGAAGCUUUUACAACUGGUUGGGCGGUUUCAGGUGAACUAACACUAAUUCCUUUUGACACAGAAGGCAUUGUCAAUUGCAACGAUUUUCCAGUAAAUAACACAUUUUGUGCUUCAUACAAAAACGACGUAUCAGUAUGCCCAAGUUACGGAGGUUUGUUCGUAGUAAGACAUACAAACACAUGGUAUCUCCGCGGUAUACGCUCGGCUGAUCCCACUGAUAAGGGCUUUUGUGUUGACCACGACAUAACAUUUACAGAUUUAACACUUUAUUUAGAUUGGAUAAUGCAAUAUAUUGAA